AUGAUGAAAUCUCGUCGCACUAAUGGACAAUCACCAUCGCCGUCUCCUCCUUCCUCAGGAAAUCAGCCAAGUUGCCCUAUUGACGCCCUUAAGUUAGGUGUCUGCGCCAACCUGUUGGGUACCGUCAACGUCCAACUCGGCAAGAGCGAUUGCUGUCCCCAUCUUAACGGCCUCGUCGACCUCGAAGCCGCCGCCUGCCUCUGCACGGCCAUUAGAGUCAAUGUCUUAGGCAUCAACCUUAACGUUUCCCAUACCUUGAGCACGAUUCUCAGCACCUGUGGCAGAAGCGUCCCCAGGGGCUUUCAGUGUGCUUAA